AUGGGUAUUCCCCUGUUUUCUUGGUAUUCUGUGCUCCUUACUGCUGUUUCACUUGUAUUCUUCUUGUUUGUAUGGAGAAGGGGGAGUAAGAAAAGGCUUGCUCUGCCCCCCGGUCCUCCUGGUUGGCCAAUUGUGGGAAACCUGUUUCAGCUGGGUAAAAGGCCUCACGAAUCUCUCUAUGCCCUCUCUCUCAAAUACGGGCCACUCAUGACACUCCGUCUGGGCAUGAAAACAACUGUGGUGGCCACCUCUCCUGCCAUGGCCAAGGAGGUCCUCAAAACGCACGACACCAUCUUGGCUGGCCGGACGGUUGCAGUAGCCGUCAAAUCUCUUUCACAUGACAAGUCCUCGCUCGUUUUUUCUGAUUGCACUCCUUACUGGCGCCAACUCCGUCGCAUUUCAACUGUUGAGCUCUUCAGCCCAAAAAGACUGGAAGCUCUGCAACAAAAUAGAAGAGAUCAAGUAUUUCGCACCAUUCGACUCAUAUUCGAGGACAGAGGAAAGGAUGUGGAUAUCGCGCAUACGGUGUUCUGCACCAUUCUGAAUUUGUUAGGCACCAUGAUUUUCAGCACAAGCGUCUUCGAUCCACAAAAUCCAGCGUCUGUGGGGCUCAAAGAUACCAUCUGUGAAAUGAUGAAAAUCACCACAACGCCUAAUUUGGUGGACUUUUUCCCGUUUCUCCGUGUCCUCGAUCCCCAGGGACUGUCCCGUGAUAUGGCCCGGUAUUUCAAGGAAUUGUAUGACUUUUCUGAUACAUUCAUACGGAAAAGGCUCAGCCAAAGCGUUCAGCGUAACGAUUCAGAGAAGGAUUUUCUCGAUGUUCUGCUGGAUUCCACGAGUGAAGAUUUCACUCUCGUUGGUGUUCGGGCAUUAAUAGCUGAGAUGUUUAUUGCCGGUACUGAGACGACGGCUUCAACAAUAGAAUGGGCCAUGGCAGAAUUCAUUCGCAAUCCUGAUAAAUUAAAGCGAGCCCAUCAGGAACUGGAUGAAGUCAUUGGGUGCAACCGGAAAGUGGAAGAAUCUGACUUGGACCGUCUGCCGUAUCUCCAUGCAGCCGUGAAAGAAACAUUCCGAUUGCGUACGGGUCCUCUUAUGCUUCCUCACAAAGCCACAAGCAGCUGUGAGAUUGGGGGAUUUGUUAUACCCAAGGACACCGAGAUUUUGGUGAAUGUGUGGGCCAUUGGGAAGGACCCUUCAGUUUGGAAGAAUCCUUGGGACUUUAUGCCGGAGAGGUUUUUAGAGGGCCAUGAGAAUAGCAAGAUAGGAUACGGGGGACAAAACUUUGAGUUGCUUCCAUUCGGAUCUGGAAGAAGAAUUUGUCCAGGGCUUCCGCUGGCAAGCCGUAUGGUUCAUAUUGUGUUGGCUUCUUUACUUCAUUCAUUCGACUGGAAACUUCCGGAUGGGAUGAGCUGUGAGCAGAUGGACAUGAGCGACGAGUUUGGAGUGAGUUUAAAGAAGGCUGCAGACUUAAAAGCAAUCCCUACGCCACGUCUCCCCCAUCACCUAUACUAG